UAUCCGUCAGGUCCCAGGUCUUGCGGGAGGAAGUCGGGUGAAGGAACUGCGUUAGAUGGUUGUGACAUCCCCUGCCCCCCGUUUUCAAGGCAGAACUUUCAUGCCUUUGGAAACGAGGGAUCCAGAAGAGCCCUGACUGUAGGAGGAUUGUCACCGCUAGACCUCUGAGCUCCAAAGAAAGGAGAUGAGACAGAAUCCAGAUUGCUCCCUUAAAUCCCAAGUAGUACUGUUUUUUCCACCUUAGAGUCCACCCCUCCCCCACUUGUCCCAUAUAUUGAUCGACCGCUUCACCACCGCGUUCCCAGGUUGGAGAGCGUCACAAUGCCCCACUGUUCCCAAUACUCAAGUGGCCGACGGUGGGCAGUCCAGAAGCUGGGACCAGACUCAUUUGCCGGAGGGCACAAUAGGAGGGACCCUCCAGAGCUCCGAGGGUGAGAUGAGAACCAGUGGAGGGGAGAGGGGCCUUAUAACGGGGCAGUUAGGAACCGACAGAGGCGCCCCCACCUCCAGCUUCCAACUCAGGCGGGGAAACUUCGAGACCUUCCUGUCCACACCUGAUUGACAGGAGGAAGCUGUCGCGGCCCAGGAGGCGAGUGUGCGUGUGCAGAGGUGGAGACAGAACCUAAAAGCACGCAGAGCCGCCAGGGCUUGCCCUCCUGGACGGUAGGGGUCUGCGUCUUCUGGUGCCACCUACUCCGCCCGGCUGCCUGCUGGGUCCUCCAAGCCUGACACCCCCCAGCCAGGAGGGGAUCACGGAGUGUGUCCCCCGCCCCGGCUGCUGCCUGCCGGGAGGGGGCGGGGAAGCCGGGAGCCCCGAGCGCCACUUCUCCGGCAGCGUCAGUUUCACCCAGGACUGGCUCGCGGUUCCCUCGCGGCUCUGCGCGGAGGUCCGCCUCCUCCCUUCCCACAGCCAUCCCGCGCGCUGCCUCCGCCUCCUUCCUCUGCUUCCACCCUCAACCCCCUCCCCGCCUGACUGAGGGAGCUAGCUCUCAGUCCGCCCGAGCUCCGGUGGUGGGCGCUGGACAAGUCCAAGGCGCCUCCUCCCGAUAUGGACAGCCGCUACACCAGCACUGCGGGCAUCGGGGACUUGAACCAGCUGAGCGCCGCCAUCCCGGCCACGCGGGUGGAGGUGUCCGUGUCCUGCAGAAAUCUUCUUGACAGAGACACAUUUUCUAAAUCUGAUCCGAUUUGUGUCUUAUAUGUACAAGGAGUUGGAAAUAAAGAAUGGAGAGAGUUUGGAAGAACUGAAGUAAUUGAUAAUACUUUAAACCCUGAUUUUGUAAGAAAGUUUAUUUUGGACUACUUUUUUGAAGAAAGAGAAAAUCUUCGUUUUGACUUGUAUGAUGUUGAUUCAAAGAGCCCUAACUUAUCCAAACAUGACUUUCUGGGACAAGUGUUUUGUACAUUGGGAGAGAUUGUUGGUUCACAGGGAAGUCGCCUGGAAAAACCAAUAGUAGGAAUUCCAGGGAAGAAAUGUGGUAUAAUCAUACUUACGGCAGAAGAAUUAAACUGUUGCAGGGAUGCUGUUUUGAUGCAAUUUUGUGCAAACAAAUUGGACAAGAAGGACUUCUUUGGAAAAUCAGAUCCUUUCCUUGUAUUUUAUCGAAGUAAUGAAGAUGGCAGUUUUACAAUUUGUCAUAAAACAGAAGUUGUCAAAAACACUCUGAAUCCGGUAUGGCAAGCAUUCAAGAUCUCAGUCAGAGCAUUAUGUAAUGGAGACUAUGACAGAACAAUCAAAGUAGAGGUGUAUGACUGGGAUCGGGAUGGGAGUCAUGAUUUCAUUGGGGAAUUUACAACAAGCUAUAGGGAACUUUCUAGAGGCCAAUCACAAUUCAAUGUAUAUGAGGUGGUGAAUCCCAAAAAGAAAGGAAAAAAGAAAAAAUACACUAAUUCUGGAACAGUAACUUUACUCUCUUUCUUGGUAGAAACAGAAGUUUCAUUCCUUGACUACAUUAAGGGAGGGACGCAAAUCAAUUUCACAGUGGCUAUUGAUUUUACAGCAUCAAACGGCAACCCUGCUCAGCCCACUUCCCUCCACUACAUGAAUCCUUACCAGCUGAAUGCCUAUGGUAUGGCACUGAAAGCAGUGGGAGAAAUUGUUCAAGAUUAUGACAGUGAUAAAAUGUUUCCAGCUCUAGGUUUUGGUGCAAAACUGCCUCCAGAUGGAAGGAUAUCUCAUGAAUUUGCUUUGAAUGGGAACCCUCAAAACCCCUACUGUGAUGGCAUUGAAGGGGUCAUGGAGGCUUAUUACAGGAGUCUGAAAUCUGUACAACUAUAUGGGCCCACCAACUUUGCUCCUGUGAUUAAUCAUGUAGCAAGAUAUGCUUCUUCUGUAAAGGAUGGCUCCCAGUAUUUUGUGCUUCUGAUUGUUACAGAUGGUGUUAUCUCAGAUAUGGCCCAGACUAAGGAGUCCAUAGUUAAUGCCUCAAAACUUCCAAUGUCAAUAAUUAUAGUAGGUGUUGGACCAGCAGAAUUUGAUGCAAUGGUUGAAUUGGAUGGAGAUGAUGUAAGAGUCUCCUCUAGAGGAAAAUAUGCUGAAAGAGACAUUGUUCAGUUUGUGCCAUUCAGGGAUUAUAUUGACAGAAGCGGAAACCAUAUAUUGAGCAUGGCUAGAUUGGCUAAAGACGUCCUAGCUGAGAUCCCUGAGCAGUUUCUCUCCUAUAUGAGAGCCCGAGGAAUCAAGCCAUCACCUGCGCCUCCCCCAUACACCCCACCUACACAUGUGUUACAGACUCAAAUAUGACUGCACUCUCAAAUGCUAAUGUCAACUACACAUCAGUUAGAACUGCUGAGUUAAUGCUUUGUGCCUGGUACUCUGUAAUGAACCAGGCAAUGGGAUACUUUUCUCAGUUUGGUUUCAGCAGUACUGGUUAAUGUGCUUUCUUGGAUCCAAAAUUAGUUCUCUUCCUAAACCAAAACUGUAAAUAUGGUUGUUGCAUGAGCAACAGAAAAAUUGUUUAAAUGCUUGAAGCAGAGUAUGGAUGUCUUACCUAAUUUUUUCUUUUCUUUUUUUUUUUUUUUUUUCUUGGACAGACACAGCUAAUUUCCAAUGCACUGUUGGGAAAAAGCACAAACUAUGUUUUUAACUCAAAUAUUGUCUUUGACUGCUACGUGUAUAGGAAAGCAGUCUCUGUAUCAAUGUUUACAUGUUACUACUUUUUACAUUUCAAUACUUUUAUAACUGUUCUUAAGAAUAAAAGUUUUGAAUACGAAAUCGUUUGUCUUCUAAAUUGCAAUAGCUAUAAUCACAAGAGCAAUAUCUCUUUGAAAGACUGUCUGGACAAACACAGUUGCAAAUAAGGGAAGGGAAAAAUGCUUUUAUAUUUCUCAGUAACUGGAUUGUCUUAAGAAGCCACAUCUGCUUAAUAAUCAGUUUCUCAGCAAUGUUUGCUGAGUUUGGGGAGUUAAGCCUGGCAGAUGUGUCUCCUGGUUGGACAUGCAUUUUUCAUGGAGUUUGGUUUCUAAAUUUAGACUGCAGCUGGUUUGUGUUUUAUAACACUAAGGAGAAAUUACAAAAAGUCAAACAUUGUGAUCUAUAAAUGCACAGAAAAUACUUUGUAAAAAGUAGCAUCCUUAGAUAAUAAUGAUAUUUAGAAAGCCUGAAACCAAGAAUAUUUAACUGUGAACCAUGUCACAGAUGUUUUAAACUUUUUAUUCCAUUAUAUCUUGUCUAGAUAUUUUAAUUCAAAGGGAUACUGGCUCUCUUGAUUGGGAUUUCUGGUUAUUACCAUUCCACAUUGCCACGCAAGGUGCACAGGCUGGAAGUCUUUUGAGAAAUUACCAGUUAAAUAAAUAUAUACAACUAUGUGACUUAGUGCACAACACAUUUGUGAAAUAAACUACUCCUAUAUACUGACCUGCCUGUCCACAGUUAAUUGUAAAGAGUUUUUGCAUGUACAGUUUUUAUAAGAAUUACAGUUUUGUGAAGUUAUGUCUAAAUUAAAGCAUUUCUUUAGAACAAAUGGCCUUAAAUUCUCACAGAAUUCCUGGAAAUGAUUGUGAAUUGCCUUCAAAUAAUAGAAAAGUGUAUUUAUUUAUGUGUGUGUAUGUAACUGCUUUAUAUUUUUUCCUUACCUAUAUAUCCUAUUUAAUACUUGGUUUAUUUCUACUGUACAUUGUUUUCUUUGUCCCAAGUUGACCUAGGAUGACUUUUAUAAGCAUGAAACUAUUUUACUGGAAAGAAAAAUAUGUACAUCCACAUAUCUAACAGUAUCAAUGUUACAUAACUAUGUAAUUCUCAAUUGUCCAUUUUUAAUUAUGUAUUAAAAUCUUUAAAUCAUGCCUGUUUGCUUUGUACAUUUUAUGUAUGAAUUACAAUGGAGUUUGAUGUUUCCCUUUACUGAUCUUAAAUAUUUAUGCCAGUACAGUGUAUUAACCUACAGAUUUUAAAAUUUACUUUUAUUGAUCAACCCGAAAACACAAAAAUAAGAUCAGUAUUC